CACAACCUUCACUGUAAAUCAUAUGACAUGUCAUGUGACUCUUACUAACAAACAAAAAUGGUUUCCAAAUUCAGUCUAAAUACUCUGUUUAUUUUAUUGAUAUCGAGCUUUCUAAUUGUUGUCAGUCUUAGAUAUGAACCCGAUUGGAAGUCUUUAGAUUCCAGACCACUACCAAGUUGGUAUGACGAAGCAAAAAUUGGUAUCUUUAUUCACUGGGGAGUGUUUUCUGUACCAUCAUUUGGAAGCGAAUGGUUCUGGUAUAGAUGGAAAACUGCUAAAGAGCCAGGAAUAGUUGACUUCAUGAACAAAAAUUAUAGACCAGGCUUUACAUAUGCUGAUUUUGCUCCAAAGUUUACAACUGAAUUUUACAAUGCUGAUGAAUGGGCAAAUAUAUUUAAGGCAUCUGGUGCAAGAUACAUUGUAUUGGUAACCAAGCAUCAUGAAGGUUUUACAAAUUGGCCAUCCAAUUAUUCCUGGAACUGGAAUUCCAUGGAUGUUGGUCCAAAGAGAGAUCUUGUUGGUGAACUAGCCACAGCUAUAAAGAGUAAAACAGAUUUACAUUUAGGACUAUACCAUUCUUUACUGGAAUGGUUUAAUCCACUAUAUAUGGCAGACAAAGCCAGUGGAUUUAAAACUCAGGAUUUUGUGAAAAGUAAAACUAUGCCAGAGCUAUAUGAGUUAGUGAAAACUUACAAACCUGAUGUGAUAUGGUCUGAUGGAGACUGGGAAACCACUGAUGUUUACUGGAAUGCCACAGAAUUCUUAGCCUGGCUUUAUAAUGAUAGCCCUGUAAAGGAUACUGUAUGUGUUAAUGAUAGGUGGGGUAAAAACAUUAGAUGUAAACAUGGAGGAUUUCUCAACUGUAAUGAUAAAUACAAUCCAGGGAAGUUACAAAAGAAGAAAUGGGAGAAUGCUAUGACAAUUGACAGAUAUUCAUGGGGUUACAGACGUAAUGCAAGGCUGGCUGACUUUCUAACCUUACAUGACCUUUUAUCUGAAAUUGUUUCCACUGUUAGUUGUGGUGGAAAUAUUUUGAUCAAUAUUGGUCCAACUCAUGAUGGUAUGAUAGUACCGAUAUUUCAGGAACGACUACGACAGCUUGGUGAUUGGUUAAAAGUCAAUGGAGAAUCUAUUUAUGGAUCUAAACCAUGGACUCAUCAGAAUGAUACAAUUACUAAAAAUAUAUGGUAUACCUCACAGAAAUCCAGUGAUAGUUUAGAUGUGUAUGCUAUUCUACUUUCGUGGCCAGAAGGAAAAGUGUUGACUCUAGGUGCACCAUUACCAUCAACUACAACUGUUGUCUCUAUGCUGGGAUACAGUACAAAGUUAAACUGGAAGCCUGGUACCAAAGGAGGCAUUGACAUUAGUGUACCAGUUAUUCCAUCUAAUCAACUACCUUGUACUGAUGCAUGGGUGUUAAAGAUCGAAGGUCUCAAGAAUUAGACUGCAAAAAUAUUGUAAUUCAUAGUUUUUCAGAUGUUUUCAAGGAAAUUCCAUACUAGACAGAUGGAAAUAUUUAUCCAUGAAUCUCUGCCUGCAAACUUAGAUCUUUUUUUUUUAUAAUUUAC